UUUGUCAUCUCUUACCCGCUUAGCUUAGACACCUCACUUGCUCCACUUAAUAAAGUUUGAUGCUUUGCAAUAGAUUUCUUUGAAUUAUGGCACAUUUGCUUAACACCGCCGUCCCACCAACCCCUCCUCAUCAGCAUUAACCACUUCUGUGACACAACACAUUAACUGCUAUUUGAAAGAGAGAAAAAAAGCUCCACAAAAUGUAUAUUUCCUGUCUUGAGGGAGAGACUGUGACAAUAUACUGUAGAGAUACUGAAAGAGAGAGAGGGUGACAGAAAGAGACACAAUAAAGAAUAGACAAGCCAUUGGGUGGCAAGAGAGAGGGGGAGAGAUGGAAAGGAAGAGGGCUAGAUAGAACAAGUGAGAAGAUCCGAGGAAGUAACAGACAAGUGCAAAGACCAGAAGAGGUGUCUGCAUGACAGAGAUGUGGAUGGGAAUACAGCAGUCACCGUAGAAAAGGUGGACAGUGGAUAAACAGUAGGAAUUACUAAGAUUAUUGAGAGAAAGUCAGGCUUUACGUUGAGAGUACUCUGCAACAAGACCUGCUUGGUGAGAGUUCAGAGACCUCAUUAUUAUCUCAGAUACAGCAUGGUAGAACCCUGUGAGAACCUGGAAGCCCCAGAGACUAGCACUCUAGAAGUCUCUCCUCUGGGAUCAUAUCAAUGGAAGAAGGAAAAUGGGCAAAAGCACGGUGUGUGGGGGCAGUUUAAACGCUGGAGAUCUUCUCGUGGUACUCAGGCCAAGGACUCUCCAAAAAAGCAGCUAAGCCUAUUUAAAAAGGCAAAAAUUUCCAAUGAAGCCAACACGGGGGGCAUUACAAGUUAUCUGCGCUCAAUGUCCCUACACCAUAAGGGGCGGAAGAAAGACACGACUGACGCAACAGAGGUGGUAAAUGAGACUCCCAUUAUAUUGCCUUCCAACGCAACGCCGAAUGUUCCUGUCUGGGAUGUAUCAAACUUCUCUCUUGUAGAUGGAUGUCUUCUGCUAACCAAAGGAGAGGAGCAGGAUGCAUUCCGCACUCGGAGUCGGACAGGAAGCUGUGUAUCUAACAAUGAAGGGGCACAGCCAGACAAGGUGGAGGCAGUUACAGAUGCUGUUUCUGAUGGAAAUUUAGAUUCUGAAACAAAGAAUCAAUAUAAUAAUGUGAAGGGUUUAAUUCUGAAGAGGAGAAAGAAGAAGAACAGAACAAAGAGGAGCGCCUCACCCCUGCAGCCGGAUGACAGGAGUCUGCACGGCUCCCACGAGUCACUGGGAUGUGUAGAAAUUCUGGACCUCAGUAAUGAGAAAGAUGUGGUCAUUCGGGCACUACACAGCAGUAUACUGGGGGAGCAGUUCUGCUUUGAGGUCAUCACCAGCAGCGGGAGUCGUUGCUUCGGAUGUUCCUCCGUUCAGGAGCGAGAUCGGUGGAUUGACAAUCUCCGUCGGAUUGUGCAGCCGGAUAAGGACAACUGUGAACGUGAAGAAUCUUCCCUCAGUCUGUGGAUCCAUGAGGCCAAAGGUCUUUCAAAUUCUGGUCCUGGCUCCCGUGGUCGUUACUUCUGCGAGGUCCACCUGGAUGGCUCUCUUUAUGGUCGGACCUCAAGCAAGUCAGCUGAGGCUGGGGUGGUAUUUUGGGGCGAGAGCUUUAAUUUACGGGACUUGCCCUUUUCUUCAGGCCACGUUGCCCUUCAUUUACUACGAGAGGGGAAGGAGGCUACAGGUGUGGGGACUGUGACAUUGGCACUGGAAGGCAUGAAGGAGGGAGUGGAGAGAUGGGUACCUCUUGGUGGAGAAGUGACACUGAGGGUACGAGGCAGAUACAGGAAGCUUUGUGUUCUGCCCCUGGUGCAGUACAAGGAGUUUGCAGAGUACCUUACAUGGAGAUAUCUGAAACUGAGCAGAGCAAUGGAACCCAUUCUGAGUGCUCGGGAGAAAGAAGAGGUGGGGAGGUCACUGAUUUAUGUCCUACAGAGCACUGGCCAGGCCAAGGAGUUCUUGGUGGACCUAGGAGUAGCUGAGAUUUCUCGUUAUGAUGUCCAAGACUCAUUGAUAUUCCGUGAAAACACCAUUGUUACAAAGGCUAUAGAAGAGUAUAUGAAAAUGGUGGGACAGACGUAUCUGCAGGAGACCCUUGGCCCUUUUAUUGCCCGGCUCUACGCUUCAACAGACAGUCACGAGGUGGACCCCCUGCGCUGUUCCCCAGAGAAGCUGAGUGAGAACAGAGAAAAUCUGUGGCAAAGCUGUGAGGAGGCCAUACAGAGUAUUUUCCAGUCACAAAAGUAUUUUCCCCCAGAGCUCCUAGCAGUGUUCUCCAGCUGGCAGGAGAAAGUUGCCAUGCGAGGAAGACCUGAUUUGGGUUCCCGUCUGGUCAGUGCUUGCCUCUUCCUGCGGUUCCUGUGUCCAGCUAUCCUGUCCCCAGGACUAUUUCAGCUCUCACCUGAACAUCCUCACCCUCUUGCUGCACGUGCCUUGACGCUGGUCGCCAAGGUCCUACAGAACCUAGCUAAUUUUACAAGGUUUGGGGAGAAGGAGGACUACAUGGCAUUUAUGAAUAGUUUCCUGGAGCAGUAUUGGGAUGAGAUGUCAUUAUUCUUGCAAACCGUGGCAGAUCCUGACAGCGAAGUUGCAGCAGCCAGUUACGAGGGCAGUGUCGAUCUAGCAUAUGAACUGGCUGUACUUCACUAUAUGCUCUGCGGGAUCUUCAAAGGUGUCCAUCAGCAAGCCAAAGAUCAGCUGGAACCAUUACCCACAAUCCUCAAGGCUCUAGCGGAGGGUCUGCCUGUCCCACAAUGCAUCACCCAGGAUCAGAGUCAGGAUAAAAGCGAGGAGCCAGAGUACAUGUUUCCGAGGGAUAUGCGCAAUCUCCGCCCACUUGUGAAAAAGAGCCAAUCCCUGAGCAGUCUUAUCAAGGAACGACUAGUUCCACCCCCAAGGAUCGAGGAGAGAGAGAAAAAGAACAGGCGUCAUGUGACUCGCACACAAAGCGUUCCUGCACAGAAUAGAGCUGGACGAGAGCGCAGGAUGAGGGCUGACGUGACCACUGUACAUGAGGAAGAGACAGCAAUUGCUGUAAAGAGGACGCCGCUGCUAAGAACAGCCUCUACUCUACCUCGACGGAAAUCUACUGUACCUUGGUGUCGGAACGAGGGCCUAUAUCUUAUGCAACAAAAGAGCCAGGAAGGAGACAGUCGGGAGCUGUACCUGCUGGAGAUGAGGAGGCAGAUUGCGGAGAAUCUGGAGAAACGGAAGAACCUGGAGGAGCAGCUGCUCAGGGUAGAGGAGAAGAUGCAGGAAGCACUGGGCCAGCUGGAAAAGAUGGAGGAGAUGCACAAAGCAUUUCAGGCUGAGAUGACCGAGCAGAUGGCACAAAUGCAGAGCAGGACUGAUGCCUUAGACAAGGAGCGUUCUGCAGAGAAGGCACGACGAGAGGAAUAUGAAGAAAAGAGUGCUGUUAUGGAGAGACGCCUGUCCAUUCUGGAGAGGAUGUACAGGAAGAUACCAGACACAACCACAGAAGACUUCAGUAAGCAAGAAGAUAAGAUGGACCAUACAUCGGACAAUGCAUCCAUGACUACAGUUUCUACUGCUAUUAAAGACAACUCAGAUGCAGCUUGAUCUGCCAAUUAUAACAAUUUUACCAAAAACCUUUUCAAUAUUUUACAAUUACAGACUAAUUUGGUACAAUG